ACACUAUCUCCGGCGAAUUCACUUUGCUCAACUUCUCUCUCUCUAAGCUUCAAUGGCUUUCUCAUUCUCCUUAACUUCGCCUUCACCAAGCUCGACUCUUUCCUAUUCCAACAUCCACCAAUUCCCAAACCCGUCUUCUUCAUUUCCCGUUUCGUUAUCUGUCUCGUCACCGAGCAACACCCGCCGCCAUCUUCGUCUCUCCAUCACCUCCGCGUUGAAUCCGCAGACGAAGAAAGCUUCAACGGGUAGUGGUGGGACCAACAAGAAACGGAAGAAGAAGGGGAAAAGUGUCAACCUUGAGGAGAAUUGGAAAUUGAGAGAAGCAGAUGCUGUUCUUGAGGAAGAUUAUGAUAAUGAUGAUGAUGGUUCUCUUGCGAACUCUCCUCCUACCAUACCUAAGCCACCUGCUGGGUUCGUUAUUGAUGAGACUGGUAGAGUUCUUAUGGCUUCUAAGAAGCGAAUCGCCACUGUGGUUGAUCCGACAAACAAUAGUCCUUUGGAUUGUGUAAUAAGACGAGUGUUUACGAGUAGUAAAGGAGAGGACUGUAUGCUUCUUUGCCCUGUUGAUACGCCAGUUCAGAUUUUGAAGAGCACAAACAUAGAUGGAUGGUCAGCUGUUAGUGAUGAAGAGGUUGAAUCUCUUCUUCCUGCUGCUGCUUAUGCUCUUGCAAAGAUCCAUAUGCAUCUUGUACACAGCGGAUUCUGUUACACUGCAAGGGGAGGCUUUUGCUACACUGAAGAUAAUGUCUUCGAUUUUCGCACAGAUGAUGGCCAAGAUGUUGAAGGUUUGCCAACUGAAGGGGUUGAGAUUACAUGUUUUCAUCUGGAUGGAUCACACUAUAUGGUCUACACGCCUUCAGAUCCACUUCUCUUUGUUGCUGCCAAGGAUCCGAAUGGGCUGCUGCAAAUUGCUGAUGAUGAGCUCCUAGACGAUCCAGCCGUGAUCAGCGCCAUAGACGAGGAAACAGAAUUCAAUGCAUUGGUGGAGGAAGAGGCGGCUCUUCUGGAAUCAUUGCUUGGGGAAGAAAUUUAAAAGCUUUCAUAGAAAGACAUACUUACUUAGCUUUCUUUCUUUCUUUUUAUGUUCCAUAUCAAUGCUGUUUUCCUGUUUUAUCAUUUAUAAAAAAUGUUUUUUCUAUUGCAAAUCUUUAUCUUUGGGAAUGGAAUGUUAAUUGAGUUCCGAUCAUUUGUAUGCAAAAGUAGAUGUACAGA